AUGUCUUCCACUGACAAGCAAACAGCUCUCGUCAAUCAGCUCCAAAUCGACGUUCCAAAGGAGAAGGUCAAAGCCCAUCUCCAAGUCCUUGGAGUGUUCUUCCUCCUUCUCGACACGUUGGCUGCAAUCAGUAAACCGGAGGAUGUAGAAACCACGGUCGACGAAUUUUUCCAGCGGUCGACCUACCGCCUGCAAGUGUGGUUAGCGCAGGUCGUCAACGUUGACGGCGAGGAAGAUUUCAAGAAGAAGCCACUUCAAGAUCACGAGCUUCCUCCGCUCGACGUCGCGCUGGCGUUGCAUUCAUUCGGGGCGGCGUUUCCCCCAGCUGAAGCGCAUGAAGGAAUAGACUCUGGCCAACAUAACCCCGCCAGUCAGGGAUACGACGAGCUCAAGUCACUCGCUGCCGCGCAAUACUGGCAGAGCUCGACCCAGCUCAAAUUCGAUGCCAUCGAUUCGAUGAGCAAGGAUGCUACCAGGGUCAUCGAGUGCCCGUCGUGCGGUGCGGCGGGCAGUGUCCCGUGGGCUGGUGCCCGUGGAUUCACUAGUCCCGGCUUCGAGUACGACUGCGCGCGGUGUGGUUUGGUCGUCAAUCAUGACCUCCUGUGCGCGGGCAAGUUCUUCGAGGCCCUGGCCCGCGCGAAGAACGACCCAGGAUUCUGCCUCCCGAACACGGCCAUCCUCGUCAGGGGCGAGCUGGACGUGUCGCGCUGCGCAUCCAUUGUCGCUGCGGUGCGGAAGUGCUUACAAGACGAUAAAGGCGGAAUCCCGCCCCUGAAGGAUCUGGCCGAGUCGGCCGCGAACGAAGGGAGCAGUACCAUGGCAUUCAUCGCCAACAAGUUAUCCCGAGCGGACGCUCUACGGGCCGAGAGGAACUCGGCUCCCGCAGUCCGUCCGAAAUACGCUCACACGCCCCGUCUCGCAGACGUCGUCGUUGCGCUGCACCACCAGCGCCCAUUCAUCAACAAUGUAUACAAGCAAGGCUGGUCUGCGCCACAGACCGCCGUGCCUGCCGGGUUUCGAUGA